AUGGCUAACAUAAACACUUUUGAAAACGUUACUGUACGAUUUGGUAAGUUACCACAAAAUUUAGUAAUGGUGAAUGAAUCAUUUAGUAAUCCUGUUCUUUUUUUAGCAUUACGUAUUAGACCACUAACGGCUGAUGAGCUGGUUACUUUACCCGCACCACUUCAAAAAAAUGUUCUUUCUACAACACCAUUCACUCCAAAUCAAGUCACCGUUCAAGGAGAAAGAAAACAAGCGUAUAUGUUCGAUCAUGUUUUCGGACCAGAAACAUCACAAAAAGAGAUUUAUGAUCGUGCCGUAAUGAAUUUGGUGGAUAAAUUCUUGGACGCGCGAAAAUUUGUUAUGAGAAUUUCAUUUGUAGAAAUACAUGAUGAUGAAUUAUUUGAUCUUCUUGGUGAUAAAGGCUCUCAAGUUCUUAUUCGUGAAGAUUCAAAUAGUCGAAUACAUUGGAAAAAUCUAAAAGAGAUUAAAGUUAAUAGUGUGGAAGAAAUAAUGGGCUCUCAAGGAAUGACAUUAAAAGUACCUGAUAAAGAGUAUAAAUAUACACGAAUACUCAAAGAGUAUCUUGGUAAUAAUGCUCAAUCAUUAGUUAUAUCAUGUGUCCCUCCUGCAUUAAAUCAAAUCAAGGAAACUAUAAACACCUUGGAUUAUGCAACUCAAGCACGAAAUCUCAAGAAUACUUCUGUAGUUCAUCAUGAAGUGGGGUGGCAUAACUUAGAACACCUGCAGGAUCUUGUUUUGAAACUCAGAACUGAAGUAAGGGCACUGCGUGCUUCUGCCAGGGCCAACCCUGACGCUUCUAUUUCGGAUUUAACUUCUUCAACCCUUGAUAUGCAAUUGAUAGAGAAACAAUACACUCAGGACUCUCAAACAACGAGAGACCUUAAUGGAAUCAUGAUCAAUCAAAAUGAUCAAAAAGAUAAAGAUAUUGAUGAACUUGAAGAAAAAUUGUCCCAUCUUCAACGUUCUUACGCAAAAAUUUCAAAAGACUUGCCAGUUAAUAACACCAAUAAUUCAGAUGAUAAUUUAUCAAAUAUUAAUUUAUUGGCAAAACAUUUGGAAUCAUUAAAAGACGAUGACGAAUCAUGUUUUAUUCAACGUGUAUUGCCUAGUUUCCAAAAGGCAAUUAGUCCUGUUAUUCAAGAAUAUGAAAAGUCCAUCACUUCACUUGAAAAUCAACUUUCACUUGUCCGUACGGCUUUAAAUCAUUCAGAAAACAUGAUGCGAUUACAAGAAGAUAAACUACAGGAAGCUGAAGAACUUAAUAAUCAAAAUAGAAAUUUGAUUGAUGACCUUAAAACCAAGAUUUCUAAGUUAACUGAACGAGAAGAAACAACUGAGAGUUAUAUAAAAGACCUUGAAGCAAAACUUGACACUGAAGUAAUGGUUAAAAAGAAAGAUCAAGAAAUUAUUAAUGAACUUAAAAUUCAAAUCAGUAAAAUGAAUGCUGAAGAUAGAAAUACUGAAAACCGUAUCGAUUCUAUUGAAACACAUUUGGAAUAUAAUGAGAAUCAAAUUGCUGCAGCAAGCCAAACUGCAAAAGAUCUUGAAAAGGCAUUGUGCGAGAAAGAUGAAGCAUAUGUCACUUUAAAAAAGAGAUUAGAAAAGCAACAUAUUAUUAAUGACGAGGAAAAGAAAUGGUUAAUUGGAGAAAUUGAGAUGCGAGAUCAUAGAAUCUCACAGUUGGAAAAGAAAGUUGAUGAUUUGGUCAACGAAAUCGCACGUUUAAAACAAUCUCAUGCCGAUGCUAAUUGCAACUCUCACUCAGAAAAUCAUUCUAGAUCAUCAUCUUUAUCAUCAGUUGAUAAUGUAUCUUUUACUGAUCAACCUAAAUUAGGUUCAAUAAUGCAAUUUAAAGAUAUUUCAUCAGUUUCUCAACUCGAAUCAAAACUAAGUGAUCUCCAAAAGAUACACCAUGAGACAAUGUGCGAAUUGGAAGAUAUCAAGAAUAAAUACCAAACUUGCCUUAAAGAACUUAAUAACCUUCAUACCCAAGUUGACGAAGCAAAAAAAUGUCAACAGUCAUCAUCAGUGACUUCACCCGAUAAUUCAGACGUUGCCCCAACAAUAAUCUCGGAAAAUAUAAGUGAAACCUUAGAUUACUCUCCACGACAUCAUGUGAAUUAUCAUAAGGCAAGAUCAAAAUCAGCAGAAAUUCAGGGAUCAAAGAAACAUGAUCUCACAAACGCUGCGAUAAUUCAAAAUCUUCAAAUAGAACUAAGACAAUUGGAAGUUCUUCAUGCUGACAAAGCACGUGGUUUAGAUACUAUGAAGCAAGAAUUUGCUCGCCUUGAAAUUAACUAUCGCGAAACUCUUGAAAUAGUCGAAGAACUUAGGGAAGAAAUAAAGCAUAGAGAUGCUCGGGAACAACAAGGGCCUGUUUCUGCAGUUAUAUCAGAAUAUACUCAGACAGAUGGAAUUUCUUCAAUGACGACCCUAAGCCAGACAAAUCAGCGUGAGCUCAUACAAAAACUUAAAGAAGAAAUAGAACAUCUCGAAGAAGAGCAAAGGAUUGCACUUGAAACUCUUGCCGCACAUAAAAAGAAUUAUAAUAUUGAUGCGGUAACAAGGAUACAAACAAGCAUCGUAGAACUUAAAGCUGAUAUACAUCGAAUUCUAGAGUGUGAUCAAGAUUCUGACAAAUCACGUGUUGAUACUGUGAAUCGGUUACAAUCUAGAUUGAAAGAACUCGAAGAACAGUUAAUAAAGGAACAAGAAGUUACUGGACGAUCUCAAAUUAAUGAGGGUGUUGAAACUCCCUUCGACGCAUUACAACAAACUGAACAGGCCAAUAUCAUCUUGAUGCUUCAACAACAAGUGAGCAAACUUCAAAAUGAAAUUGAAGUAAAAGGCCAUGUUAUAGCUGUCCUAAAAUCUCCAUCAAUUGAUCAACAACAUAUCAUCGAAAGACUUGAAGAUGAAUUACAUUACUUGAAAGAAGUUCAACGACUCGCUGUUGAAGCAAAAAACAAGUUAUCUGUGGCGUCUGAAAGGGAAGAGACUAAAAUCGGAGAUGAGAUUGUCAGUGACUGUUUAGAACAAUCUUCUGAUGUGUACAUAAAAACAUUGGAAGAAAAAGUUGGAAGUCUUGAAGCUCAAUUAGAAAUGACAAAAGAAAUGCAAGUUAAGUCAUACAUUGAUUCUUCGCAAAGGGCUGUUGAUAUUCUUCAAGAAAAAUUAACAACUCUUCAGCAUAAACUUGAUGCCAAGUCUGAGACUAUUGAAACUUUACAAUUUGAGCAAGAUUUCGCAUCUGUUCUUCAAGAACAACUUGACAAUUUGAAAACUGAUAUUCAAAAAAAAUCUGAUGUGAUUGAAACGUUGAAAAAAGAUCUAAUGGAUAAUAAUCUACUUGAACAAAAGUUAUUUCAAAAGGAAGCACAAACCUUAAACUUAAAAAAAAAACUUUCUCAGAUGCAAAAGCAAGAAGAAAGUUUACAGAAAGAAAUGUCUGAAUUAAAGAGACGAUUAAGUAACUUAACGAGUGGUGAUGAUGUAAAUAAAGUUCUUCAAAAUGAGUUAGAUAGUUUACGAAAAGAACUUCAAGAUGUCCGUGAAAGAGAAUUUAUCGCCCUUGAAAGGCUUCAACUCCUAAAAAGUAGGAUAGAUUGUGAUUCUGAAGAGUCUCAAUUGCAAGAACAAUUGGACUAUUUGCGAAGUGUAGAGUCAAUGCAAAAGAACAGAAUAAUGGCAUUAGAAAAUAGAAUUUUGGAGAAAGGUGAACAUGUUGAUGAAUUUCUUUUUCAACUUCGAACUGAUCUAGCUUUAGCCAAAGAGUCCAAGAUUUUACAUCUCAGAACAAUAGAAGCUCUAGAAACAAAAAUAAAAAACAUUGAAGAUAGAACUCUAGCUAGCACACUACAGCUUGAAAUGGCAGAGAUGAGGUUUAAAGAAUCUCAACAAUUAGAAAAAAUACGUGAUCUUGAAUUGAAUUUGAAUCAACAAACCGUAAAUGAUAUUCAUCAUAUUAAAUGCAUGCUUGAGGAAAUUAAAGAUAUUCAUAGCAACGAAUGGAAGCAAUCGAAAGACACUGAACUUACAGAAACAUCUUUAGGAUUAAUAAAAGGUGAAUCUGAUAUUUCCCUUCUUAAGGACGAGAUAACUACCCUAAAAAAUUCAAAAGUUACUCUAAAUAAAACUAUUCAAGACCUAAAAUUCAAGCUUUUAGAUUCUCAAGAACAACUUUCAAAUCUUGAAAUUUUAAAAGCAGAAAUAAGUAAUUUGAAAAAAUUAGAAAGUGAACAAAAAUAUACAAUUGAACAAUUACAGUUACAACUUUCUGAAAUCAGAAAAUCCAAAGAACUUUCUAAGAACGAACUGGAACUUAUGAAAAAAGGAAUUAAUCACCAGAAUGAAGUUAUCGAAUCACUUGAAAAAGAAGUAAUAAGUCUUAGACAAGAGUUAUUCACCGCAAAAGAAAUAAAUGUCUCAUCUGCUCGCGAGUUAGAAAAAUUGUCCGAGAAAUUGAACUCAACUCAGAAAUUAUAUGACAAUGAACAAAAACGAGUUAAAGCUUUAGAAGUCGAAAUAGAAACGUACAAAAUUGCCGGUACAAACACCGAUAAGAAUGUAAUUGCUUUACGGGAAGCGUUGGCUAAUACUAAACUUGAAAUGGUUGCUCAAAAUGAAAUUUUGGCUGAACUUGAAACCGAAAUGAUGGCUAUAGAGAAAAAACGUGAUCAUCAUAUUGAAAUCGGGGAAAAGUUGGCAGAAAAACUUCGAGAACAAGAAUUUAUUCAUAAGGAAACUGUUGCAGGUUUUGAAUCAAAACUCUCAAGCUUAGAAACAAAACUUGCGAAAGCACAAGAUUCUUCUUUCCAAAGCAAGAAAAUAAUAACCAAUCUCGAACAAACUCUUAUGAAAGUUCAAUCACAACUAGAAGAUGCAAGGUUAUCAGACGUUAAACAUACACAAUUCAUUACAGAAUUACAAGAUAAAUUGAUCGAGACCAAUACGAUUUUAAUGGAAAGAGAAAAACAAUUGACCACACAAGAUUUUCAAAUUGCUGAGUUGGAAGCUGUCAUACAUAAAACACAAAUAGAGCUUGAAAAGACUAAAGCGUCUGAACAUGAAGCAGAAGAACGUGUAAAACAAGUAGAAGCAAAACUAUCAGAGAUCGCGUUCAGGUUGGGAAGUAGUCAUUCUAUUGAAGAAUUCGAAGCUGCCAAAAAGAUGGCUGAAGAGCAAUCAAUACUUGUUAAAGAGCUUGAAGAGAUAUUGGAACAGAUUCAAAACCAAACAUGUGCAGAUGCCGAAAUUUCAAAUGCUAAUAUUGCCAAAAUAAGUGCGGAAUUGGAAGAAGCUCGGGCAGCUGAAAUAGCAAAAUCAGCUUUAGUUAAAGAUUUGGAGGAAACGUUGAAAGCUAAAAAUGAUAAUAUUUUAAAGUUAGAACGAGCAAUGAUGAAUUCAAAAGAAGAACUUGAAAAAAUUAAAGAAACAGAAUUAAUACACAUGGAAAUGAUAGCUAGUCUUGAAAAUAAACUUCAGGAAGUUGAAACACAACGAGAAGAGGGAAUUCUCAAGCUCAAGGAGGCCAAUGAAGAAAUUACUUUGAUGCAGAAACAAUAUUUGGACUUGCAAAAACAAGUCGAAGAUUCUCAGUCUCAAUUAGCCAUGCAACGUGAACAAAAAAAUAUUGAUGAUAAGUUGUCCAAUCAAUUAAAAGAAGCCCAAGGCCAAGUAAAAGAACAUUUAAUACAAAUUGGAGUUCUUGAAGAGAAGAUUCAACAACUUGAAAAUGAAAAGCAACAAGAAAGUGAACUUUAUGCAAAUGCAACCGAAGAACUGACUCAACUUAAAAAGGAAUUCGAGUCAUUGGCAGAAGAAUUUGCAGAUGCUGCCAGUAAAUUUGAAAAUGCUGAUGAAUUAUCUAAACAGCAAAAAAUUCGUAUUGAAAACUUGGAAUCAGCCCUAAAUGAAGCCAAAAAAUUACAAACAGUGACACCAACUCUCCAAUUAAACAGUUCGACUGAAGUAACUGAAACAUCGAGAUCUUAUGACGUCGAACUCGCAAAUUCUACGAUAAAUUCACUCACGUGUGCAAACGAUGAACUCAUGGCAAGGAUUAUUGAAUUGGAAGCUCGUGCAUCUACACUAACUAGCCAAAAUAAAAACUUGCAAAAUGAACUUUCAUGUUUCACUGCGAAAGAUAUGCAAGUGUUUGAAGAUAUGAAGCAAAAGAUUAUAGAAUUUGAUGCUGUUAAAAAAGAGCUAAAAGAAUUAGAAGAAAUAAAUGAAACCUUCUUUGAAGAAUGUAAGGUACUUGAAGCUAAGGUUCAGUCCUUAAUGAAGCAAUUAUGGUCUCUUACAAAUGGUGGAAAUGAAGUAGCUCUUCAAGUGGCAGAAUUGAAUGAUCAAAUCAUUAAACGUGAAAAGGAGAUUUCAGAAUUGAAAAUUAAAUCAUCAACAGACUUUUAUAAUCAUCAAUGUAAUAAUGAACGUAUUUUAUAUUUAGCAAAUAAAGAAGCAAAGGAAGAAAUUUCACGGCUUUUAAAUGAAAAUGAAUCCCUCAGGAAAGCGAUGCAAAAAGUAAAUCCAGAACCUACAAACCGUGGCUCAUUUGAUACAAAUAACGCAAAUUUAGAUGUUUAUACACUUUCACACCAAGAUGACAUGAGAUCCAUGCAAAAAAAUGAUGUAGAGUUACAAGAAUUCCAUAAAAAUCAAGUGCAACCGACAAUUUCAUCUUUAUUUGCACCUCCAGAUAUCAAAAAGAACAUUCAACAUCUUUCAGACAAUUUAACAAAUGCACCACCGCCUACGCCACCACCAAGUCACCCAUUACCACCAGUACCAAUUUCAUUACCACUAACUCCAAAUAGUCCUAUUUCACGAUCUACAACUCCAAAUGUAGCACGUCCUCGCACGCCACUUUCGCCGAAACAUGAAUACUUCCAUUCAGAAUCAGCAGGACCAAAUAAUUCAGAUCUUGUGUUAGAGAUUCAAAGGUUAAAUAAAAGAAUUGCAAAGAUUGAAGGAGAAAAUUUGCAAAAUCAACAACUUGUUGAAACGUUAGAAUCUACUCUAAAUGAAAACGAGAUCAAUUUGAAUUUGGCCAAACAAGAAUUGGCAAUUAUCCAAAACCAAAAAAUGGAGUUGGUUAAACAAGUUAAAAAUUUGAAAUCUCAAUUGGAUGAAGCAAAAGAUGAAAUUGAAAGCACAAAAUUUGAAGUUAAAAAUGAGAAGCAAGUUAUGGAGAAGGUAUUAGAAGAAGAGAGACAGGCCAAAGAAAAAUCAGAACGGGCAAGAAUUGCUUUGGAAAAUCAAAUGGAAAAACUCAUGGCAAAACGAAGCAAAUUUAUGUGUUUUUAA